GGGUAGAACAUCAAAGAUGGCGGAUUUGCUGUGUGUUUUAGGACGUGAUGUGAAUGGUGAGAACAGAUGAUCUGAAGGAGAUACAGCACUGCAGAGAGACCACAUCACCUCCUCCCUUCCCCCCCUUCCCGGUUGUCCCCCACGUUCACCCCCGGUACUCCCCCGGUCAUCAUGCCGUCUCCCAAAGCGAAGGGCCCGGCGGGCCGCAGUGGAGGCAGCCCGGUGCUCGGAGGCUCCAACGGCCGCUACGACUUCAUGUCCCUGACGAAGCCUCUGAACCGCUCAUCCCCGCCGCCGCUCCUGCUCCAGCGACAGGGCUCCGACCCCACCACCGCCCGCCUCCGGGCCUCAGAGAGCCCCACUCGGCGCCGGGGCUCCAGCUCGUCCACGGGCUCCGGUCAGGGGCUUCCGGAGGAGGACGGUAUCCGGCUGAACCCUUCCUUCCUGCGGGUGGCGCUCAGCUCGCUUCUCGCCAUCGACCUGUGGAUGUCCAAGCGGCUGGGCGUGUGUGCGUGCGAGGACUCGUCGUGGGGGAGCGUGAGGCCCCUCAUGAAGCUGAUCGAGGUGUCGGGACACGGGAUACCGUGGCUGCUCGGGACCGGAUACUGUCUGUAUAAGAGCGACAGCGCCGCGGGACAGGAAGUAAUGCUCAACCUGCUCAUGGGUCUCCUCCUGGACCUGGUCCUGGUGGGCGUGGUUAAAGCCGUGGUGCGUCGCCGUCGGCCGGCUCAUAACCGCAUGGACAUGUUCGCCACCUUCUCCGUGGACAGGUACUCCUUCCCGUCUGGCCACGCCACGCGUGCCGCCAUGUGUGGGCGCUUCCUGUUGGCGCACCUGGUGCUGGCGGCCCCCCUUAGGGUCCUGGUCUUUCUGUGGGCCGGCCUGGUGGGUCUGAGCCGGGUGCUGCUGGGUCGGCACAACGUGACGGACGUGAUGUUCGGCUUCUGGAUGGGAUACUGUCAGUACAACCUGGUGGAGAUGAUGUGGCUGUCUCUUCAGGCGCUGCAAGGCAUGCUGGGAAUGGAAGUUUGAGGUCAGAAGCAUAAGGAGAAGACAUGAGGCCCGUCAAACAUCCGUGCUUAGACUGAGGCAGAGAGAAUAUAAAUAUAUUGAAAAUAGUUGGAGAGGAACCGUCUUCUGACCAGAGGAGGGAGAUUUAUUCACAUUUUAGUUCAGCUGUUUCUCACUUUUGUUUUUUACAUGUAGGUUUUAAAAACAUCUGAUUUUAAACCAUCUCCCUCCACUCAAAGAAGCUUUAAGUUUAGAGUUUGAUCAUAAGUGAACUUGUUGCUGUAGGAGAGUGAAUGUCUGAGAUUUACCCCACACAGUUUCCUCAAAGAGGAAGAAAACUCAAAACUGAGCUUUAUUAGAAUCACCGGGAUGAGCCAGGUUAUAGUUCAUAAAGAUGAAUAUAUGGGUACAUAAAUACUGUAAAUCAAUCAUACUAUAGUAUAGUGUAAGUAUAGUAGUAACAGUAUCAGUUGGGGGCCACGUCUCUGGUCAGAGCCAGAACAGCCACCCCUUUACUUAAUUCCUCAUUCAUGUUGCGCCUAUUGAAAAGCAUUAAGGUAAAGCUUGCUGCAGGAGGACUAAGAGUGGAUUUGAUCAUUCACACAGACCAUUUCAAGCACAGUGCAAUAAUUAAACAUUUACUAUCAGAAUGGAAAUCAUCAUUCAACAAGAAGGCAAACUGAAGAGCAAUACACACAAAUCGACUUAAUGAGAACAACACAAACUGAACAAUAGUAACAACUAAUGAACUAAAUGAUGAAUAGUAAUGAACUAAUGAAUAGUCUAAAAACAAAUCUACCGGCAAACCCCAAGGCAUGCUGGGAAUGCUCCACCCACCAUCAACCAACAAUACAACCAUCUAAAAUAUGGGCAUAUAAAUUACUGGAAGGGUUGUUCAGUUGCACACUCACACAAUAAAUACAUUAUUUACAUGUACAGGUAGGAUGCAUGAUACAAAAUGAGGACACGUAAUAUGAUUGACACGUUUAGUGGAUUAAUCAGUAAACAGAAGAAAAGAUGACAUUCUGUCCCACUAAAGGAACGGUUCACUGAUCAUUUCACUCUUAGACUGUUUAGGACUUAUUUUGGUGGAGAGAAUCUGAAAUUAGCUUUGCCCCAGUUUUUAAUCAGACCAUGCUCCUGUUCCAUCAAACUGAUGUUAAUAUAACUUUAAUAUGAGCAGCACUGAGUCUGCUGAUAACAGCCAGGUGAGUGUGAGUUCCCCCUGCAGCUCUGUCCACACCUGAUUGCUGGCUCUCCCUCACAAUGAAUCAGGUAUUACUUUAAAGAAUCAUUCCAAGCAGAGUCUGAAAUUUGCCUGAACUUUAUAUAGUUUUAAUUUCACACUCCUAGCUGUGAAAAAACUCGUAAUAAUGAUAUUUUUCAUGUCUUUCAUUCUUGAUCUGACCUGCGGUCGGGUGAGUUUAUUCUUUAGAGACAUGUUUAAAUAUUAAACCAGGAUGUUUGACUGCGCACAUCAUCUUAAGCAGUUUUCUUAUCAUGAGUUUGUGAGUUCAGUUUGAUUUGUUGUGUAAUUUCCUGGUUUGAGAUCAGAGAUCAGUGAGCUGAGAUAGUUUUAAAUGAGCUACAGGACAAGAAUACAUGAACAUUCACUGAGACUUCACAGUUGUAAAAUAAUAAAGUGACUUUAUUAAAAAAAUAUGAAUAAAAAAGUGUAAAGGUUCAAAGUUGAAGGUUUGAUCCUGGAAUGAUCUCAGCUGGUUCGUGCGUGCGUAGGUUAAUCCUUCACCACUCUGACUGUCUGCAGUGACGCUGUGUGUUACGAUGCGUUCAGGGUCACACUCUGCACAAUGGUGUUUCCAAACCCUCACACGCACUAACAUUAAUCUUAAACUCUGAAUCACUCCAGCAGUCAGGAUGUCGUUGAUGUUCUAACGUGUUCUGACGUCAGCAUGUUGAUGAGUACGGGAGCCUCUGAGGGACACAGCACCUGAGCUGUUCACUGAUUUUGAUCCAGACAAAAAGAGCUGCAGAAAUAAAUAAUGAGAUGAAGCUUUACGUAUUUAUCGGUUACUUACAUAAUAAAUGAAUCAUGAACCGAGUCAUUUCUGAGGAAUAAAAAGUCACAUUUCUCUGCAUCCAGAUUCUUAAACAUGAUUAUUUUCUGAUUUCUUUCCUCAUCUCUGAGAAUAAAUUGAAUAGUUUUGAAAUGCAGACUGAACAGGACGCUAGCUUUAGGAAGCACUCAUCCACAUUCUUCUUUACCAACAUCUGACAUUUUAUAGACCAAAUAAAAUAACCAUCAUGGAGGAAAUAGUUGUCAGAUUUACCAACAAUUAACAUUAAAUCUCAACGGCAGAAUAUUUGACAAUGUCUUUAUGAGGUCAGGGAGUUUUCAUUUAAGGCUCCUGGAAUUAAUGCUGAUGAUUCUAUAUGAGCUACUAAAGCAAACCAGACCAUCAGGAAGAGGAACAAUAGUAGGUCCAUAGUUCCACAAAUGUAUUAUUAAUGAAAUUAUCAUAGACUGUAUAUAAGUUUAUUAUUUACAGUCUAUGGUUAUUAUUAAUAAGUGAAACACCACCUCAGUGUCAGGCACGGUGAUCUACAUCUCCCUGCAGAAACAGACUCACUUUUCAUUUUCCACUGCAAAGAUUCUGAAUAUGAUUUAUGUUUGUAAAAAGACAGCCGGAUGAGGUAAUAAGACUUCAUCCACAGGGGGCGCCAAAAUCGUCACAAAGUUUGUCAGCACCUUUAAGCUAUAGAUUAUCUUGUUUGCAGCUCAGCAUGAAGUCAGAGGAUAACGAACAGUUCAUCAGUGCAGGCUUAUAGAGAUUUUCUCACUUAAAUAUGUUUUUAUUGUCUCAUGAGAAUCAAAUCAUGUCAAUGACUGUUAAGAAUACAUGUCUCCUCGCUGGACUAAAGAGAUUUAAAUGAAGUGUUGUUCGUGUUUUUGCACCUGAAUUUGUUCAAAGUUUUCUAACAUAAUCAUCAUUCUAAACAUUGACAAACACAUUUGCACUGCCAGAAAAAAAAACUAACCUGUUCAGCUGUCUUUGCUCUGUGUAAAUUGCUUUUUUCGUCUCUCAGCAAUAAUCCAGUUUUAGUUCGCACACGUUGUAUUUCUUGUUUUCAAUCGGAACAUGUUGGACUCUGAACUCUGUGACCAAAAGCAUUCUAUGAUUGAUCUUUGUGAUGUUUAACAUGUUGAAAAGAUUAAUAUAUUCAUCACAGUGAUCACAGAACACAUUUUGCACAUUCCACAAGCUUCUUAAUCAGAUCUUUUUAUUUGUUUCUUUCAGCACGUUUCAUCUGAUGUUUAAUAUGAAGCUGAAAUAUUUCUCUGCACUCAGAUCUGCCUGCUUAUUACUCUUAAUAAUACUGUCUGUGGUAAUUCGUGUAUAUGAAAUUAUGCCUGUACAGUCCUGUGAGUACACUGUGUUCAUGCUGAAUGUGCUGAUCAAUAAUCCUCAAAGAUUACACUGUAAAGAUUUUUAAAUAAAUGGGGAACAAAUGUGAAAA